AUGUUCCCUUCCAUUCUUUUCCUCAUCAUCACCUUUCUCUUGCAUGUCCACGUCCAAGCAGUCCUAACAUCCAACACCACCUCCCUCCUAACCUGGUGGCACUCUUCCAACUCUCAAACCCCAACCGGCACAAUCGCCGAUGACACCGUCCGCAAAUCCGAUCUAUAUUAUGUUCAAGUGAGCGCAAACACCGACCCAACCUACUUCUACGACUCCUUUGUCUAUCUGUCUGUGCCCGCAAAUGGCAUGUCCGAUUAUGUGCAGUACUCCGCAAAUACUGCCUCCACGCAGGCGUGGUCCUCGUUUCUGACGUCGGAGGAUGUGGUUGUGCGUGUGACGCGGCCUAGUGCCGCUGUCGCUAAUGGCAGUGUAGUCAUUAGACCUACGACUUUGCUUGAUCAAGGGUUUGGCAUUUCGUAUGACAGCUCCGAUGAUAUCAGCGUCUACAUCACUAUCCCUUAUAGCGAGAAUGGGUGGCGCUUCUCCGUCGAGUUCUCAGACGAUCUGUACACUCCGGUUGAAGGGGUAGCGAAUACGGAGCCGCAACAUUCAUUACUCAUAUUCGCAAGCCCCAUGGAAGACCCUUCCAUUGUACCUGUAGCCACCAACAACGAGAACACGUUUAUUGCGACGCCGGGCCGUGUGUACGAUACGAAUGUAACCAGUGCAUCAACCGUCAUCUUCUAUCCGGGUGUGUACUGGUUCAGUGGGACGGAUCACAUCCUUCUCAGCGAGAGCGUGACAUGGAUAUAUUUCGCGCCGGGAGCGUACGUCAAGGGUGCCGUUGAAUUCCAAUCUACUGCCACCACAGUAAAAGUGACGGGUCAUGGAGUAUUGUCCGGCGAGCAAUAUGUCUGGUACGCCGAUCCCGAGGAUGGAUAUCAGACAUCCUCCAGCGCCGACAACGACGGUCUACGCAUGUGGCGCGGCACAAACACUGGUACACAGACCUUUGUGUUGCAAGGCGUCACAAUCGCAAACCAGCCGUUUAAUAGUAUGGACUGGUCCGGGAACCUGGACGGCAUAACCGUCCUGGUUAGCGAUUAUAAGCAAGUCGGCGCGUUCUACCAGCAAACCGACGGGCUGGAAAUGUAUCCUGGUUCUGUGGUACAGGACGUGUUUUAUCAUAGCAACGACGACACAAUCAAGACGUACUACUCGAAUGUCGUUGCGCAGAGGAUUGUGGUGUGGAAACUUAAUGUUGCGCCUGUUAUACAGUUUGGAUGGACGCCGCGAACCACGAACAAUGUGACCGUCGAUACGAUCGAUGUGAUCCAUCAAAGCUAUUCAAAUGCCAAAGAGAAUCCGGGGUUGAUUGGUUCUGAUAAUAAUUAUGUGUAUGCCCCGGGUGGACUUUCAGAUGACCAUAACACGGCCGAUACGAGCCUGACAACAAGCGGACUCACAUUUUCGAAUAUCAGAGCUGAAGGAUUAUCGGGUUGUUUGUUUCGAAUCUAUGCGCUUGAGAACCUCGCCUCGAUACAUAUACGGGAUGUAUGGAUUGAGGAAUUCCAGGACUCGAGUCUCAACACAACGGAGAGUCUGUUGCCGGCCUUUUAUGAUGCGACCAGCGGUGCGUUGGUUGCAAUCACGGAUUUUGUGGUUGAAAAGUUUCAGGUUGGUGAUUAUAUCAUUUGGGAUAAUGAUAGUGCCAUAAGUGUGGGCUUGAUUGAUGUUGAUUCUAUUUAUAGUGAGGCUGUUACGUAUUCCAGUACCUAG